AGCGGCGCGAAGCUACCACCGCGCUGUUCUUGCGUGAUUUUCCGCAUCGUACGCCAACCAAGCGACGAGAUCAGAAAGCGAGAUUGUGCGACAACGUGGGACAAUCGGUGAGAUUCCGAGAGAAUCCAAGGACCGACAGUGUGAGUAAAUCGCGUAAGAAGAGCGACGGAGGCGCGAUACAAGAGAAUUAUGCCAUCCUCGCUUUGCGCGGUGAGAUCAUGUGGUCACGCUCAGCUCCGGAAAAGGCAGUGACAUUUCAAGCGCACGUUCCGGAACGAUACACGCAGCCCGGAACGCCGCCGUCACCGCCGCCUAUCUUCUCUCGCCCGCUAUUGAAAUGAUCGAACUGGCAAUCGGAUUUGCUCUGACGCGAACCGUCGCCGUAAAGUAACAAACGCGACGGGGAUGAAGGGGUGGUCUCGUCUCUGUGCGUGAUCCGAUUUCGUGACCUUGUACAUCACUCGUACGAGUGCGCGCGCGCGCUCGCGCGCAAGCGAGCGCGGGUAGCGGACAGAGGGUUGGUGAGUUGGCGAUAUAGUGGACGUGGCAGUAGAUGUGCUCGAGAUCGGUUUGCAAAAGAAACGGGAGGUGGAAGAGAUCCGAGAAAGGUGAUGACCUAUGAACGAUGCGCGAGGAUCAUUAAAUCGACGGGUGCCGAAUCGACUCGUCCCUGGUCUUCGGCUCGACGAUCGAUUGUCAAUCACGCGAAAUUCUCGUGGAGACUUAUCACAAGAGACCUUUUGCCACGCGAGAACGCGGCGAGGGUGAGAGGAAGAGGGAGAAAGAAAGGAUUUUAAGAAAUAAUUGUCUAGAACCAUUGAAAUAAUGUUCUUGCGCAUCGACAGGCUGUUACGUUUCGGGCUACUGUUUCUGUUAUGGAUAGGCUCGAGUCGUCAACAAGAGGAGGACAUACCUCACAACGAAGUGAAAAACUGGGCUUUAAAAUUCGGCGUGGAUCUAUGGGAGUUUGGUAAACAAGUAACCAAAAUGAGCGAAAUACAAAGAAAAUAUCACGAAGUAGAGGCCAACGUCAUAAAAAGAGAUGGUCUCGUCCUUGUUCGGGAAAUGGCCAUGGAGGUGAAAAAUAUGAUGGACUUCAAAAUGAAUGCUGUAAUGUGAGUGGCUUGUGUCGUAUCGUGUCCAAUCGUGUGCAAAGUAACGAUAAAAGUAAUUAUAUAUAUAUAUAAUAUCAAAUUUAAAAUAUAAAUUCAGAUCGAUAAAGAACUAGUAUGAUU